GCAAGCGAAAGCGGCGGGUUCGGAUGAUGUCGGCCGUCGAAGCUGGCGCCGCGGGCAUGAACAACGACGCGGGGAUGCUGGGCGGGGGACGAGCAGCUGCAAGUGGCUCGGGGGGCAAGAAGAAGGAUCCAGCGGCGGCGGCAAUGGACGUGGUGGCCUCUGAGGCGGACGAAGUCGACUACUACGCGGUGCUUGGUCUCAAGGUCGGCGCCUCUCCCGCGGAGAUCAAGAACGCUUACCGGAAGAUUGCGAUGCUAGUUCACCCGGACACGAAGGACGGGAUCAAUAACAGAGAUAUCUUCGAGUCUGCCACGGCGGCUUACGAGGUCUUGUCCGACCCGGGGAAGAAGUCCACCUACGAUCAGGCACGUUUUGGUUUCUGA